AAAAAAUACUCAGGUCAAGUUCAAUUGGGGCCCCAACGGCAAAUUUUUGCUCCAGGCCCAAUAACAGGUCAUGUCGUUGGAUAGUUUCAUCUCUAAAUAUGGAUCCUAUUUAAUAGGAUUAUUAUAGGAGAGUAGCAGUAGAAAGUAUUAUGAAAUUGAAAUACAGUCACUUCCCACUACACAGAGCCAAAUUUAAAACGGUUGUUUCAGUUGUUGUUUGAACGUGGACCUGUAUUACCUCCAGGUGGGGGUAAUAAGACCUGGACCCAGAUAAGACAGUCUGCUGGAGGUUUGCUGCCCUCCGCCGGCUGCUUCCCGGUAAAUGUGCCUCUCUCCGGAGAUAAAAACGGAACAUCUCGGCGCAGUGAAGAAAAAAAACACACAGCGCAACGAAGCCUGGUGCGGGACGCGGUCGUAGGUUAGCGCCACACAAAGCCACUGGCCUCUGUUACCUUGUGGUGCUUCCCACACACAGAGACCCCGCGGUCCUCGGGACGUACUUUUCAUCUGCCCGAACGCCAAACGGCGGUCGGCGCACGGGGCGACACUUCAUCUUUCCGGGGGAAACGCAGAUUUGUCGCGGCAUUGUUUAGAUUUUUCACAACAUUGAAGACAUUUUUUUUUCUUUUUUCUUUUUUUCUGCAACGCCACACGGUUCCUUUUUGCCCCUGUAACGACUGUACUAGGAUCUUAAGGCCGAUGGGUGCGUGAGUCCGGCGGCAGACCUACCGGCAUGGCACGUCAGACAAAACCGGCUCACAAGAACACAGGGAGAGUGACAAGGACGGGGAGAGGGAGAAAGAAAGGGGAGGGGAACUGACAUUAAAGCAACACAACAAGGAAACUACGCUGCGGAGCCACAGACGCCUUCAUUUUAUGUUUUUGAAUAAUAGCCGGAGCCAGUGUGGCGAAGUGUAUCUGCGCGAUCUGCCCGAAGCUCGAGCCCGCACGGCCCCAGGCGCCCCGAAAACCAGCAGCCUUCGACCGAGCUGGAUCUAAAGGCGCUCUCCGACGCUUUCCGAGAUAUGGGCUCAGAGCCACCCAGCUCUCCACAGGUGGUGGAGGACGGAGGAGAGGAGGAUGAGGAAGAGCUGAGCGGAGGGGAGGAGGCAGACCUGAGGUCCAGCUCCGGCAGGGGCUCCCUGCUGACCCGGAGAGGCAUCACCCUGAGAGUGCUGCUGAAGGACGGCCUGGUGGAGCCGGGGGACGGGGUGCUGGCCAUCCACUACCUGGGUAAGAACUUUGUCGGAGACCUGUUGAAUGACGGGAAAAUCCGAUGGGUGGAGACGGGCCAGAUCUUCAACUCCCCCAGCGCCUGGGCGACGCAUUGCAAACGUCUGGUCAACCCUGCCAAGAAGUCUGGCUGUGGCUGGGCGUCUGUACGCUACAGGGGACAGAAACUGGUCCAGUACAAAACCACCUGGCUGCACAAGUACCAACCCAGCGCAGACAUGAGCCUGGUGAGUGAGGAGGACGAUGACGAGGAUGAAGAGGAAGGUAAGACGGCUGUGCAGGCAGAUGAGAAGAACAAGAACAACAAACCUGGAUUACAUGAUGUAAUGGUUUCACGAAGAACUGACAGAGAGAGAAUUCCUGUCAGAUAUUGCACCUUGGGCACCAGGGAUGCUGCCAGAGAUCCACACACACUAGUGGAGCUGUCAGCCUUCUCAGCCAUCAACAGAUUCCAGCCUUUCAAUGUGGCUGUGUCCAGUAAUGUACUGCUGCUAAUGGACUUUCACUGUCACCUGACCACCAGUGAGGUGGUGGGAUACCUCGGAGGACGGUGGGAUACCAAUACACAACUGCUGACAGUCUUAAGGGCUUUCCCCUGUCGGACCAGGCUGGCAGACAGAGACUCUGCUUCUGCUGUUGAGGAGGAGAUCUGUCAGAACCUGUUCAUGCGCGGGCUGUCCUUGGUCGGCUGGUACCACAGUCACCCGCGAGGUCCGGCUCUGCCGUCGCUGCAGGACAUCGACUCCCAGAUGGACCACCAGCUGAGGCUGCAGGGUUCAAACAACGGCUUCCAGCCCUGUCUGGGCAUCAUUUGCGGACCAUAUUAUCACGGCAAUCAAGGUGUGGCGUCCACAAUAACUCCAUUCUGGGUUGUACCACCCCCUGAGCAACGGCCUAAUGACUACGGCAUCCCAGUGGCUGUAGAGGUCACCUACGUACAGGACAACUUUCUCACCAGUGAUGUCCUUAACGAGAUGAUGCUGCUGGUCGACUACUACAAGGCAGCUCCCGACCUCGUCCAGUUCAGCCAGUAUUGGUGUCCUGAUACGACCAUGAUGGACAAGAUCAAGGGCUCUCUGAGUUGCCAUGCCCCCAAAGACCAGGCCUACUCUCAGAUCUUGGAGCAUGUCUACAGUCAGUUGAGCAACAUGCACUGAGUGGAUCUGCUCUGCAUGUGGCUGCUCUCGAUAUCCAGUCGUUUCAUCUUAAAACACCUUUUGUGCAGAGCUGACAGGUUCCGAUGUGACGGGCGCACAAUGUAAAACCUGCUUGAAAAACAUGUAGAUGCCUUGAAUUCUCUCAUACUUUAUUUGAUACAGCAUUAUCACGAGUUCAGACACUCUUCAGUGACUCUGAAGGUGCUAAAUCUUUGAUACUAGUCAACCCUAGGAGGUUGUAUUUACCAAUGAUGAAAACAGUUACAAAGUUACAAUGUGAUAUCCAACAACAGAUUAGUGAACAGGAAACUGAUGAGUGUUAAAAACCAAUGUUUUACUAAAAUUUAAUAUUGCUUUAAAGCCACCAAAUCGAACUGUUUCAUGGACCAGACAUCAGCCUGCGGAUGAGCGCUGGCCUCGUACCUUUUACAUAUGGACCUAUGUGCCUAUCUGUGCUAGUAUCCUGUGGAAUGAGCAGAUAUUGCCAGAUAUGUACUAUGUAAACUCGUUGUAAUUGCCUUUUUUAGACUAAACCAGGAACAGUGAUUGGGGGAAAAAAAUGUAAGAAAAUGUGCUAAAUAUCCUCAGCAUUCAACAUAAGCAAAGUGUGCAAAUAGUGUCUUGGUUUGACCCAAACUAUACUCUGCAAUAGGUUUUGUGAAUGUUUGUGUUCCUCAAGUAAAAUCGAAGGGUUUCAGUAUGGUGCAAGUAAAUCCAUUUUACCAAACAAGGGUUUUUUUUUUGGUUUGUUUUUAAUUUUUUUUUAUAAAUGAACCUGUGUGUGUGUGUGUGUGUGUGUGUGUGUGUGUCUGUCUGUCUGUGAGUUGUGUUGUGAAUGUGCCCCUCUACUGUUUCCUUGUCAGGUUACAUGAGACAAGAGUCCUGUUGUUAGGACAGAUAUUUGCUUCCUCUUUACCUGUACUGUAUUUAUUACUAACUGUGGAUUGUGUGAUGUAUAUGUCUGAAGACUUAUGCCUUAAGCCUGCUGAUUGAUGAUCUACAAAGCAUUA